GGUGGCAGUUGUGGCCGAGUCUCCCUGCUGGCCCGCUCACAGUUCCAGACGCGGCUGCACAGCGCUCGGCCGGUCAGUGCUGUGGAGUGUGUGUGUGUGUGCCCCUGGUGCUGUGACCGACCCCCUAGAGUGCGCGCGUGUGUGUGUGUGUGAGGCACCAGCUCCCAGCUCUGAACACACAGUACUCAUAAAGUGCUCGGGAACUACAGUGUAACGGUGGUGUUUUAAGUGCUCUCUCUCUACUAUAGCAACGUAAGAAUGUGUGGUGAGAGAACUUUGUUACUGAGCGCGUGGUAAACUCGCGCAGAUAUGUAUUUGAAAAGUUUGUCAAGUGAACAAAUUAAGUGAACAGGUGAAUUGGAGGUAUCUGUGGUGUUCUGGCCAGAUGUGAAGAAACUAGCGAACUAUUAUGGGUCGUGUGUGGCGGAGUGUGUCCUCGUGCUUCCAGGUCUCCAACAACAGUGCUUGUAAAGCAAACGUGCUUCGCGAAAUUCUAAUGUCACGCUCAAAUCUGAGGAAUAUAUAGAUAUUUGUUUCCCGUUAACUACAGUUUUCAUGACGUUUAUAUCGAAACAGAAAAUGGCUUUCGUAGUUUUCGUUUCUCUCUCUUUUUUUUACAUAGUACCAAAAUUUCAAAUUUGUUGCCAUUCUUAUGAAGAUACAGAAUAUUAGAAGCAAUUUAGGCCACGGCCGAAUUUUGUAAGCAUUCCCAAUGCCCAGUCACUCAAACUAAUACCGUGGUGAUAUCUAUUGCUUUUAAUACAAGUAAGUUUGCUGUAAUACGUGUCAUAGGGGGCUUCAAUGAAAUCUUUUAAGUUCAGUAAAAGUUAUGUAGAAAAAAGAUUAUUCAUACUUAGCCACAAACGCAUACAAGUGUACGAAGCAACAAACGAGCUCUCCCAUGAAUAAUUCUUAGCGUAAAUGUUGACGGAACAUUUCGUAUUCUUGGAAAAAAACACAAAUAUCUUAACAAAUCUGAAUUUACGUGUCGGCGCGACAUGAGACACUAAAUUGGUGACUAACGUUUGACCAAGACUCAUAAGAGUUCUCAUCGUGUUAAAUAUGGAUGUCUUAGACAAGGGUGCAGGAAAAGACGUAACUUUAAAGUGGGAAAGAUGGAGAUCCUGUCAAACAGGGACCGGUAAAGAAAGAAUCCUUUCACUUUCCGAUAUUCCACCCAGGAUCAGUAGGGAGGGUUCCUUCUUAUACAUUACCUCAAGCCUCCAAUGUUCUUCUCUGUACAAAAUGCUGCUCCUGCUGAUGCUCAUUCAUCUGGCUGGCGGAUCCGACGUCAUCAGAAUAGGUGGGCUGUUCGACUUGACGGACGACAGGCAAGAAGAGGCCUUCCGCUACGCUGUGGACGCCAUCAACACCGACAGGACGCUCCUGGCACAUGCACGACUCUCUGCUCAGAUAGAGGAGAUCCCUCCCAACGACUCCUUCAGGGGCUCUAGGAAAGUGUGUUCGCUGCUUAAGUCGGGAGUGGCAGCCAUCUUCGGCCCGCAGUUCGGACAGACAUCAGCCCACGUGCAGUCUAUAUGUGACGCUCUGGAGAUUCCACACAUAGAGAACAGAUGGGACUUCAGACUCACCAGAGACGCCUAUUCCGUUAACCUCUACCCCCAUCCUUCAACUCUAGCAAAGGCGUAUAUGGACGUGCUGAUGACGUUGGGUUGGCGUAAGUUUUGCGUCAUCUACGAGAACAAUAACGGCCUGGUGCGUGUUCAGGAACUACUCAAGAACCACACAUGGCAGAUCAAUCUCAGGCAGUUGCCUUUUCACGACGACUACAGACCGAUGUUGAAGGACGCCAAGAAGACCGGAGUGACGCACGUCGUCCUGGAUGUCGAGCGUAAGAACAUCUUCACCGUCCUUAAACAGGCGCAGCAGAUAGGCAUGAUGACCUCCUAUCACAACUACUUCAUCACCUCAUUGGACCUACACACCGUGGACCUUGAGGACUUCCGUCACGGCGGGACCAACAUCACCGCCCUCCGGAUCGUCGACCCAGAGAACCCGUUGGUCCAGCGGGUUAUUCAGGAUUGGGUGUUCGGGGAACUACGCUACGGCCGCAACGUCGAAGCUACCGCCAGCACGCUCAAGAACAGCAACAUGACUUUAUUGAAGACGGAAGUGGCGCUCAUGUACGACGCAGUCCAGCUCUUCGCCAAGGCUCUGGAUGACCUAGAUCGCUCCCGACACAUUGACGUCACACCCCUGGAGUGUGACGGAGAUAUUACGUGGAUACACGGCAACUCCCUCAUCAACUACAUGAAGUGGGUGCAGGUGAAUGGACUGACGGGGCUCAUCAAGUUCGACACGGAGGGUUUUCGACGAGACGUGACACUCGACAUUGUAGAACUGACGAAGGAAGGUCUCAGCCGUGUUGGCCGAUGGGACCCGACCAGCGGAGCCAACUACACGAGGACCUACAGCGAGGUGCAGCAAGGCAUCGUGGAGAGCCUCCAGAACAAGACCCUUAUGGUGACCAGCAUCCUCGCUGACCCUUACACCAUGCUGAAGGAGACCUCAGAACAGAUGACGGGAAAUGAUCGCUAUGAGGGCUUCUGUAUCGAUCUCAUUCAAGAGAUCUCGGAACUGUUAGGCUUCAACUACACCAUUAGAAUCGCUGCCGACGGUUCCCAUGGCAAAUACGACGACAAGAAGAAGAGAUGGAACGGCAUGAUUGGCGAACUUCUUGAUCAGAAAGCAGACUUGGCUAUCGGUGACCUGACCAUCACAUACGAGCGAGAGCAGGUGGUUGACUUCACCAUGCCAUGGAUGAACCUUGGCAUCACCAUCCUCUACCGGAAACCCACCAAGAAGCCUCCAAACCUGUUCAGCUUCCUCUCACCUCUCUCACUGGACGUGUGGCUCUAUAUGGCCACGGCUUACCUUGGCGUCUCCCUUCUCCUCUUCGUGCUGGCAAGGUUAAGUCCCUAUGAAUGGAUCACAUCCUUUCCAUGCAGAGAAGAGGGAGCGAAAACUAUGGAAAAUCAAUAUAAUCUCUUCAAUUCGCUCUGGUUUACAAUGGGCAGCCUACUACAGCAAGGCACAGAGCAGCAGCCCAAGGCGGUGUCCACCCGGAUUGUGGCGGGCAUCUGGUGGUUCUUCACUCUGAUAAUGAUCUCCUCCUACACCGCCAACUUGGCCGCCUUCCUCACCGUCGAGCGGAUGGAGUCGCCCAUCGAGUCGGCCGAAGACCUGGCCAAACAGACCAAGAUCAAGUAUGGUUCCUACUACGGCGGCUCCACCUGGAACUUUUUCGCCACCUCCAAAAUGCCAACUUACCAGCGGAUGUUUAGUUUCAUGGAGUCUCAGAAUCCCUCUGUGUACACCAAGUCAAACGAAGAGGGUGUGAAGAGGGUGCUGAAGGGUGACGGGCAGUACGCGUUCAUGAUGGAGUCCUCCAGCAUAGAGUACAUCACGGAGAGAUACUGCGACCUAACCCAGGUCGGAGGGCCGCUCGACUCCAAAAGCUAUGGUAUUGCGUUACCCCCAGGGUCACCCUUCACGAACGCCAUCACCGGGGCUAUCCUGAGCUUGCAAGAGGGAGGAAAACUCCAGGCUCUCAGGACGCGCUGGUGGAAGCACAAAAGGGGAGGGGGGCGGUGUAAAGACGACGAGUCUAAGAGCUCGUCCAAGGCCAACGAGCUCGGCCUCAACAACGUGGGAGGCGUCUUCGUCGUUCUCCUGGCCGGUAUGGGCCUCGCCUCCGUCGUCGCUGUCUGCGAGUUUGUCUGGAAAUCAAGAAAGCUGGCGACUGAAGAACACAGAGUGGUGCCCAAGAUGACGUGAGAGCAGUACUCAAGACAGUGUGAGAGUAGUGGUCAAAACAGUGUGAGAGCAGUCCUCAAGACAGUGUGAGAGCAGUGUUCAAGACAAUGGGAGAGCAGUGUUCAAGACAAUGGGAGAGCAGUGUUCAAGAUACUGUGAGAGCAGUCCUCAAGAUACUGUGAGAGCAGUCCUCAAGAUACUGUGCGAGCAGUGCUCAAGAUACUGUGAGAGCAGUGCUCAAGACAGUGUGAGAGGGGGAGCUCAAAAUAGCAUCAAAAUCGCCCCAAUAUAAUAUGAGAACAGUACGAUAGAUGAAUGCAAAUUCCGUAGCACUAAAAUAAAAGUGAAGAAAUAAAUCUUUGGAAUCUGAAAAGUAUAAAAAUUUAGGCAAGUUUUAUAUUACAGGAGUUUAUGAGCAUUUCUCAAGUCACAAUAUUGCUGGAACAGUUGGAAAGAGGAUAAAUAUUAAAAGACAAUUAUCAGUAUCGUGAAACCGAAGAACAAACUUUUAUCAAAUAGUCCAAAGAGAACUCCGUUGUAUUAACUUGCAUUUGUCAAAGUAACAAAUCCAGAACACAGGGUUGAAACAAAAUUCAGACUGAAUAAAUGAACUGAAAAAAUCCAUCAUAUAUAUAAAGCUGCGGAAGCAAGAAAAUUAAUUAAAUUUCAUGAUGAUUAUGUCCAAUAGGAACUGCCUGUAUAAAGUAUACCAGUCGACAUUAUCCCUUGAAAAAUAUAACAUUAGAGUAAGAAAAGAGCAUUCAAUCGUGACCAGCAACAUAGAGGUGUGUUCAUCACGAAAAUCUAGAAUUUUGCAAGUCUGAAAUGAGAUCACUUUAGUGAUCACUAGUCUGAAUAAGGGAAAUAUCUAGUCACACGUCUGAAGGAGGGCAUUAUGAGGUCAUAAGUCUGAGAGGGCAGCUUGAGUUUCUCUACUUAAAGGUCUGUAAAGUAUUAUUUUAUUGUCAGAGAAAAGAGGCAUUAGGUUGAUGAAAUGAAAACAAGAAAGUCUGGGUGGAUGCUAUCAGCCAGAACUGAAAGACAAUGUCAAAGAAAGUAGUUAUGUGAGAAAGAUAUAAAGACAACUUUAGAAAAAGAUACAGCUAUAGUUAGAGAUCCAGCUACAGAGAAAGAGGCAAGUAGAGAGCGAGAGAGAGAAAGAGAGAGAGAGAGAGAGAGAGAGAGAGAGAGAGAGAGAGAGAGAGAGAGAGAGAGAGAGAGAGAGAGAGAGAGAGAGAGAGAGAGAGAGAGAGGCAACUAUGGAGAGAAAUAAUAGUGACUGAGACAUUAAAGACAAACGUAAGAUGAAAAGUUGGCUUAUAAAGCUUCAAUGAAGUUUUAUUUCUAAGCAGACUACAAGAGAAGGUAUUCAGAAAGAAAAGAAAACAGUAUUAUGUUAAACUGUGAGACAAACUGAAAUUUCAAGACUACUUUUUAAACAACUGGUUGUGUGGAGUAGACCGCUACCGGCCUCAACACACGAUCUUCAUAACAAUAUUUUAAAGGCGGAGUUUCCAGUAAUGAUGAUCUAGAUGUCUUCUCAUUUAUAUAUAUACAAAUAAAAAUUGCAUUGACCUGAUCUCACCCCACCUUAACCUUCCUGACCUCACUCCCUCCUUCAUGACCUCAUCCCUUCUAAUUAAUUUGCCUUUAAUCAAAAGAAGAACGCAAGAUAGUUCCAGUCACCCUAACUCAUGUCCUUGGUGGUUCCAUCUAAUUUGGCGUUCACUGAAUUAUUCUACCUUUAUCUAAUAAAUGGCAACGUUUCUAUUCUUUCUCACAAAUUUAUAUCUAUCUAUUUGCUAACAAAAUCAAGAACAUAAAAUCCUAAACCUAAUAAUUUUAGUUAAGCAUUUAUUUCGUGAUGAAACUUGUAUCCGGGAUAUAUUUUGAUUGUAAACUCAUACAGCAAUGUAACGCCUCUGCUUAACCUGUAUUAGUUCCUGUAACACAUUAUCUCUUUUAUGUUGCCUUUGUACAACAUAAAAUGUCGUCUGUAUGAGUAUACCACACCAUUAGUACACAUGUGUGUGUGUUUGUGUGUGUGUGUGUGUGUGUGUGUGUGUGUGUGUGUGUGUGUGUGUGUGUGUGUGUGUGUGUGUGUUUGUGUGUGUUUGUGUGUGUGUUUGUGUGUGUUUUAAAUACUCAUCUGUGAAAGUUAAUCGAAACAUCAGUCUGGAGAACACAUUGCGAUGUAUACCUUUCAUGCACAUCCUCUCUUGCCUCACAAUGUAACGCCGGCCACAGUAAGCGUUACGUCCCCUCUUGCCUUGUGUGUGUGUACCGCGGGAAAAUAUCCCAUGAGUGAUGUCCCGUCCCGUCCAUGGGUCCCAGGCACCCCGCUGUGGCCGUUCCGAAACAUGUAGAUCAUCGAUGUUAUAUAUAUACACACCAGAAUACAUCUAACAACUCCCAGACCCUAAUAACUGUCCGACUGAAACACAUGACGGAAUACCUUUCCCCCAUCCAAAAAAAGACGAAUCAAGGAAACAAGACAAGCUCCCUCUACAAGCCCCGUAUUCCUCCCUCUGGAUGAUCAAACUAAGCAGACAAGCCACAAGCACUUACCAAUUUACUAU